AAAAACAAGGAAGUGAAUGAUCGUGAAGCCGUAACCCGUUACAAGGCCGUGACAAGAAACGAAGAGCUCCGUUUAUUCUCCAAAUCUCCCCCCGUCUUCAGAUCAUCCAGAACAAUGAACAACAAAGGUUCAUAUCCACAGCAGUCUGUGUACCCUCAGCAGAGCACUGCACCUGUAUACCCUCCUGCUAUGCAAAUGUCUCCUCAGGCACCUCCUUACACAGACACACCACCUGCAUAUUCUGAGAUAUACCAGCCCAGAUAUGUGCUUCCACCUCAGGUGCCUGGUCAGUUGCCUCAGAUGUCCUCUCACUACCCUGGUGCUCAGAUGUUCAUGCCCAUGCAGCCACAUAUGCCUGUUGGGCACGUGGGCCAGAAUGUCCCCAUGGCCUACUAUACCAUGGGAGCCAUGUACCCGCCUGGUUCAACAGUGAUGAUGGAGGGCGGCUUUGAUGCUGGUGCUCGCUUCACAGCAGGCACCAGUGUUUCCAUCCCACCCCCACCUCCUGGACACCCCCCUAAUGCAGCUCAGCUGGCUGCCAUGCAGAAUGCCAAUGUUGUAAUGUCACAGCGCAAGAACAACUACUUUCUGGGUGGAUCCAGUGGAGGUUAUACAAUCUGGUAACAGCAAGUCUUCGACUCCUCUCUCAUGCCUCAACCGUGUCCCUGUCCCAAACUAUGCCCGAGUUCCUCUCCCCCCCCCCCCCCCCCCUCCCAUACGCCUCCCUCUUCAGGCUGCUUGGCCAUGCCACAAUACUGAUUUCACCUAACGGAAUGUAAUAUUUUAGCGCCCUUGUGAAAGGUACAGUACUCCACUUCCUACCUAGAGAUCAAAUGAUGAAUGACACUGCCGGGAGAGGACACAUGAAAUUUUUUAAAUGUUGUAGAAUUCAUUCCAAAACUUUUCAUUGGGUCUAAAGUCUUUGGUCAAUCCAAAUUGAACCUCUUCCAGGCAUCAGAUUUUUUUUCUCUCCAGAGACCAGGUCUCCUUUUAUCAGAUGUAUCCCAAACGACAUUGAGAUGUCCUUGUAUUCCUGUAAAGCUACGUAAAUGAAAUGUUGAAAUAUCCGACCUGCAUUCUGUAGUUUAGCUGCUUUAUAGUGUAAGUGAAAUGCAGUUACAAAGUUGCAGUUAAAGCGCAGAAAAAAAAAAAUCUUCACUUGUCUUUCUUUGGAAACUUUUAGUGUAGUUAAAUUAAUAGAUGUGUAAUAGUUCCGUGUAAAUACAAGUAUGAGAAUGGAAAUCUCAACUAUCUGACAAAAAAAAAAGAAAAGAAGAAGCAUCCUGGAUGCGUUUAGCUAGAACUGUCUUGUCCUUUGCACAGAAUCCAAAAGACCACUGGAUAUAUUCUUGCACGGUGACGUUUACUUAUCCGACAGAUCAUUACAUUAAAAUCACUUGUAAAUUAAAUCGGUUCAAACAAACAAUUAAAGAGAAGAUUUCAUGCAAUAUCUAAAGUGGUUUACUGUACCUUGUUGGGCAACUUGUAGAUGAACAUAGUCAAGUGCCAAAGAGCACUGGGGGUAGCCCUAAUUUAAAGCAAAUUAACUUCAGUAAACUUAAAGGAAAGAAUUUAAAAGUAAAUCCAAAAAGUACGAUGAACGGGAAGGGGUGGUUGGUGUAACAUUUUGAGCUUUUAUUUUGUUUUUCUGUUUUUUUGGGGGUUUUUUUCAAAGUCGGAUACCCAGAGUUUAUACACUAAAUGUUUUAUUGUACACGUUUCAUGAACUACCUUCUUUUGUUUUCACUUUGUCUUUCCACACAGGUUAUUUUUUCAUCGAACUACUUUAAAAGUAUUUAAUCGCUGUAGAGAAAUAAAAGCUCGUCUUUGUGAUAGCAUUAGUAUGAAGUCCAUUUUCACAGCUUGAGGAUACUCUCUUAAAUAUAUUCCAUUUUCUUUCCUUUGGUAACUUCAUUCCUGUUCCAUGUUGAAGUGAUCUUGAGUAGUUAGGCUUUGUAUAACCAAUGAGCUGGUUGUACCAAAGAUUUGGUCUCUGAUGCACUUGAGUUCGGUUGUAACAUGAAAUAAAAUUUAAAAAAAGGUCACAAUGGAAAAGCAAACAUAUCAUCCAAUAAGCAGUUAUGAGAGUGUUGGUGACAAACCUUCAGUCUGUGUGGCAUGACUGCGAUUGUUAGUACACGUGUUGUUUCCACUUAAUGUGUUUUUUUUUUUUGCAUCUUUGAAGUAGUUGUAUACUUUUGCACCUUUUGCUACGUACACAUUUGAUUCAAUCUUUUUUUUUUGUUAUCUGAGAUGCACUGCUAAGCAAAUGUGAGUGGUUGCACACACAGCGGGCUACUUCUUUUUAUUUAAUUUCUUUUUUAGUAGCUCUGUUUUCAUGACUUUUUAAAGUAAGCUGUGAGAUUUUUUUUGAAACACUUUUCGAUUCUUAAAUUCAUCAAGUGUAGACGCGUCGUUUUCUGUAGCCUGAAAUUGUUUGCAAUGAGGUGAAUAUUACUGUCGGCAUAAUAGUUGUUUUUUUAAGGCAACAAAAAAAAAAAGCACUCUUUUUGAAUCAUUACUUCGUCUAUACGUUUAUUUUUUUUGCAAAAUCUUAAAGAUGGUAUCUGAACCUUGGGAAGUCCAAGUAGAUACCAGUAAGGUAUUUGUAGACGUUCUUCAUUUUGGUGUCUGGUAGCGUUGAUGUUUCACUGGGUAUCCGACACACCACAUAUCGAGUUUUAACAGCUGUGGCCACCUGAGAGCGAACGGUGUCGCAGCCGACCCACAUUGAGCCAUUUCAGUGUUAUUUAAAAAGAACGGCUGUGUGAAAACGCACUCAUUCCAGUUAGUUAACCUCAAACACAAAAACACGACUGACGUGUCGCUCAAAGGCGGGGGGCGGGGGGGGGUCCAUUUACAAUCUCUACAAACUCUUACACGGAUUUCCUGGUGAAGGGGGCCACAGCUAUCAAAGCUUCUAAAAUAUGAUUCAAACAUGUUUGUUUUUUUUUAAUUUCCAUCUCUGCUCUGAUUGUUUGUAAAGCAGCAUAAUGGUGGCUUUGUCCCAGCAAUAUGAAGUACUGUAAAAAAAAAAAAAAAAAACUACAGCUGACCAGUAGAUGCUAUGCCAACCACAGCCAGCAAAUGGAUCGCCCUUUGUUGAAGGAUAAUGGACGUUUAUAGUUCAGGGAUUCUCUUUACAAUAUUUUGUAAAAAAAAACACACAAAAAAAUAGAUGUAUGUACUAAAGUGAUGUGGCUGACUUUGGUACACGUUCUAUCUUUUAAGAUUACUAAAGGAGAUGAGUGUCAAAGAUGGAGUACUUUGAGAAAAAAAGAACUUAGGUGCACUUAACUUUUUUAUACUAAACUUAAAAUUUAAAAUGUAAGUUUAGAAUAAAGGUUAUUUUGGAAAUUUGAAACUUUGCAUGUUUGUUUACUUGUAACCACAUACACUUAGAACUUGUAUUUCUUUGGUUAUUGUGAUGUUGUGAUUUAAGCUUUCAUGUUGUCUUUUCCUGGCCAACCUGCAACAAAAAGGUAGCUGACUUUUUACUGGAUCGUUUAAGAGGAUGCUUCUACCUGCUUGGCCAUCGAACCAACAUCACAAAUGAUUUCGUUUUGUCGGAAAUCAUCCCCCCCACCUUAGUUUAGUAUAUGUAUACUGUAUAAAAACCAAUAGCUACUUUGAUAUAAACGUUAUUGAGUCA